AUGACAGAAUCACUCCAAAACAAGUUUCAAGAGCUAAACCCACAGAUGAAAAAAUUAGUUCACGCCAAAAAGAAACUACUAAAAGUGAAAAUACCAACAAGACUUACCAAUAAGAACAUUGAAGAGCCUAAAAUCACUAAUGAAAUUUCUACAAACAACAUCAACGAAACAGCAAAAGCAUAUCGUGAAGAUAAAAUGAUUUUGGCCUGUGAAUAUAAAA